ACAAUGAGAUCAAUAAUUGCAGUCAUAUGCUUGAACGAGUCGCAUUCGGCAGUAGUGACCUCAAGGUUGCCCUCGAGGAAGGAAAGAUGCCAUCAGGGUGCUCACCAUGACCAUCCAUCAAGGUCCUCCCAACGAAACAACGAUUCUUCUUAUACCGGCUAUCUUAGCUGAUUUCCUUGCCACCACUUCUUCAUAUGCCCGAGAGCGAUUCCUGAGCAACAUAAAAUGGCUGAUAUUCGAGUCCACGACGUCUUGAUCGUUGGUGCUGGCCCUUGCGGCCUCGCCGUCGCGGCACGUCUAUCUGAACAUAUGCCUGCCGCUAACUUUUCCGACGACGAGCAUCAGAGAUAUCAUUGGAUCCAGAAACAUAGAAAUCGGGCUAGCAUCAAGAACUAUAAGACGGGUUUUGAGAUACGCCGGAAAUCAUCCACCACCCCACCAGAUAAGGCGGGACUCGACCUUUUGGUACUUGAUGCGACCAACAACAGAUGGAUGGCACGAUGGGAUACCCUAUUCAAGACAUUCGACAUCUCUCACCUCCGCAGCCCAAUGUUCUUCCACGUCGAUCCUGCAGAGCGUGACGGGUUAUUGGCUUAUACGUAUCGAAACGAUCGAGAUAACGAAUUAACAGAACUUCGGGGAUGCGUCGGAAAAGAAAUAAGUAAACACCAGAGGAAGAAGAGAGAAAGAUCCGGGAGACAACCUAGGACAGAACCUACGGUCGAUGAACGUGAUCGAAACGAUUACUUCGUCCCCUCGACGCCGCUUUUCGCCUCGCAUUGUGGAUGCCUGAUAGAUCGAUAUGAUUUGCGUGGUAAUGUGGUGUCACAUGAAAAGGUGGAGGAUAUUCGAUUCGACUAUCUCGAGGAUUACUCCGAGGUCGACAAGAUCUUCACUAUCAAAUCGGAUAGGGGUAUACAUCAUGCAAAGGUUGUGGUGUUAGCAGUAGGAGGCAACCCGCCACAAAUCCCAGACCCACCAACCGAGGGAAUGGAGGGAAUGACCCACGCCAUGCAUAUUAAGGAAAUGCCCUCGCCUCGUGUUCGAGCGAAGGUGAAUGCCAAGAUCCAAACAAACGUUGUAAUAGUUGGGGGCGGCUUAACCUCAGCUCAGCUAGCUGACCUAGCGAUUCGUCGAGGCGUGUCUAAGGUGUGGCUGUUGAUGCGUGGACCCCUAAAAGUCAAGCCUUUCGACGUAGGGCUUGAGUGGGUAGGAAAGUUCCGGAACUUCGAGCAGGCUGCAUUCUGGACCGCGGACUCCACCGAAGAGCGGUGGGAAAAGAUCAAAACGGCCCGGAAUGGAGGCAGCAUCACGCCACCGUACAAGAAGGUCCUUGAGCGACAUAUAUCCACUGGUCGGCUUUGCCUACUUCUGAACACCACAAUUGACGAAAAACGAUGGGACUCUUGUUCUAGGACUUGGACCGUGUCGCUAUCGGACAAAAGCCAGACGCUCCCGCCAAUCGAUCACAUCUACUUCGCCACCGGCGUCCAGAGCAAUUUCGAAUGUCUUCCUUUCCUGAAAUCGAUAUGCUCCGACUAUCCUAUCGAAAGUUGCGGAGGUCUCCCAUGUAUAACAGAGAACAUGGCCUGGAGAGACGACGUUCCCCUAUUCGUUGCCGGCAGGCUUGCCGCACUACAGCUCGGUCCCGGCGCCCCUAACUUAAUCGGGGCUAGGAUCGGCGCAGAGAGGAUCGCUUGGUCAAUCCAGGAUUUUCUGGGAGCGAGGGAGUCCGGGAACGAAACCGACUUGAUGAAGCGCGAAUUCGACUAUCUCACCGGCAGAGGCAGUCGGUAUGACGCCUUGGCGGCCGAAGUCGCAUAGCUCCCUCACCCUGCCCUUCUCUGUUAUCUUGCAUCCGCAUCGCUGGUAUUACCAAAUGAUUAUCAGCAGCUAAUUUAAUCGUGCUUCUCCGAGGUCUAGAAAAGUCUUUACGGUCUGUAGUUUCGGUGGACGGCAGAUAUUAGUAUAUCUUCACCUUGGGCAGAUUAUGUAAGAUAGGACUAAGCAACGCUUACUAAUCAUAUCCAUAUUCUC